AUGGUUGGUCCUGUGCUCUACGAGGCCACGGUGCCUUAUUUUCGCAAGGCUUUGGAGAACCAAAUCAAGCUCUUAGAAAAAGGGCAGGAGUGGUGCAAGGAGAACGGACAUGACGAGACGAAGCUCUCCAACGGUCGUUUGGUGGAAGACAUGUUUCCUCUUCCGUUUCAUGUGACUUUCUGUACCUACAAUGCUGUUCAAUUCCUUGCUGAUUUGGGCGCUACCGAAGCCACACCUGAGGAGAUUACCAUUGAAGGCCUCUCGGUGGACGAGCUCAUCGCCAGAGUGGAGCGAACACUGAAGGUGCUGGAUGGCGUCGACGCGAAUGCAUUUACAGCAAAAGAGGAAGGUGCGAUUAAAAUAGACCUGGGCAAUUUAUCUAUUGAGAGGCCAGCCUUGCAAUAUGCUCAGCAAAUCGCUGGGCCGAGCUUCUGGUUUCACCACGGUAUGGUGUACAGCGUACUACGAGUGCAAGGUGUGCCGCUAGAAAAGCGUCUCUUCUUAUCUGCCUUCUAA